AUGCCACCAUGCGUUGCCAUUCACUGCCCCCCAGCGGCACGCGGCAUUGGCGCCUAUUGCCGCCCGACAAGCACCGCCAGCGCCCAACAUUUUGAGCCACCUCCCUCGCUGUGCCGCCCGUCGUUCUCUCGAGCCUGCAAACCCGCGGGGAUGCGGGCACGGUCCCCUUCGUGCGCCGCUUCUCGCUGGAAGGCAGUCCGCUUGGGGCAGGUCAGGCGCGGUAGUACGCGCAGGCAGUGCGCGCCGCGCGUGCAGGCGGAGGAGGCGGCGGAGAGAGCAAGUGAGUGGUGGAGAAAGAGAGAGGCGGAGACACGUGAGGCGGAGAGGCGUGAGAAGCAGUGGCGUGAGAAGGAGAGACCAGUGGCAGAGGCGGAUCCAUUGGAGCAGUUUGUGCGCAUCGACCACGGCAGGCAGUCGCGCACCGGCAUGCCCGAGGUGGUGUACGGGCAGGGCAAGACGGCGCAGCAGAUGGCCGCCAUCCUCACGGCCAUGGCAGACAGGGCCACCCAGGCGGGCGAUCAAGGACGCAGCCGGAGGGCUGUCAUGGCCACCAGGGUUGAUCCCGAGGCUGCACAGCAGCGCGGUGCACUGGACCGUGCCCCCUGCCUGGCUUUCCUCGCCCUAUCGCCUGCUCUGCAUGCUGCAAUGCUGCAGCACGCUCCUGCUCAUCCUGUGCCUUCGCAAGUCGUGCCUUCUGCCAUGUUGCCUGCCCCCCACCUGCGCCCCACCUGCGCCCCACCUGCCCCCCACCUGCACCCCGCAUGUGCUGCCCCCCACCAGGUGUGUGCGCUGCUGCCCUCCGCCAUCUACCACCCUCUGGCCCGCGUGCUGCACCUGCCGCUGCCCCUGCCGCCCACAGCAGGCGCAGAGGCGAGUGAGGCCGGCGAGAGUGGCGCACCAUGUGGUUCAGGCAGUGCUGCUGCUGACAGCACUGGUGACAGUGGUGGUGGGAGAGAGGGGGCGAGCGGGCAUGUGAUGGUGGUGACUGCCGGCACCACUGACCUUCCUGUGGCUGAGGUGCGGUGA